AUGGGUGAUGAGAAAGCUCAGCGCCUUGAUGACGCGUUGUCGUCUCUCGUGGAUAUAUUAGUCCCCGCCCUACUGGACGAAGAUGAAGCUGCGGCAGACGAAAGACACGACGAUGCCUUGGAGCUGGCUAGGAAUAUCAUUGACAAUCAGGGCAGCCCUGCGGUAGUCUCAGACGUCAAUCAUGCCGCUGAGCUGAUCAGGAAGAAAUUACGCCGCGACAACGACUCUCCGGACAAAGAAGUUCAAUUUUCGAAUCUCUAUGCUCGACUCCUCACACAGCCGGUGUUGUCGCAGAAAUGGUCAAUACUAUACCUUUUACAUCAAUUGGCAGAUUCAGAUCCAGAUGGUGGAGGGCCCACUUUGGACGACCUGCGUCCCAAAAGUCGGGACACGGGGAUGGGAAGGCAUGACGAUGGUCAGGAUCAGCAGGUGUACGAGGAUGCGUUUGCGACGGCUGGGCUUCCGAGGCUGCCGCCACCAUUGCGUGAGAGCGGGUCAACAAGCAGGUCGAACAAUGCGGGACCUGCUGAGCGGAGGGGCUACCAGAGGCCGAGCCGGAAGACUGAGAAGGUUGAAGAAAGCGGUCCCGAGAUAGAAAAAAGCCAUUCGAUGGGCCCAUCCGAGUCUGCUCUACUGCGCGACCUCCCUUACACCCUCCAAGGCUUAUCGUCUACCAAUCUGCCCUUUACGUCUUUGACCACUCUCGAUCUCCCACGAAAUCUACCGAUACCGAUCAUAUCCCUUCUACAUACUUUGGCCGAACCGUCGUUACUAUACCGAAGUCUCUCAGCCUUCGUAGAUUCACGAGACGAAGGGCUGAUAGGCCAGAGCUUGCGGUCUGCAAUUGGCAAAGAACUACGUUCUUAUCUCGGCUUGAUCUCGACAUUGGAGGGCGAAAUACGGCGAGCGAUAAUAUCUCUGGACAAUAAUGAGCAGCAAGGCCGAGUUGGGAAAGCUGGUGUUACGCUGAAGAGAUGUGUUGUUUGGACGAGAGAAGCUACGAUGGGUUUACGAUUGAUGAGUCUUAUGGUCGAAGAGGCCAAGAGCAGGAAGGGAGGCCAACUGAUCUCGAUGAUUCAUUCCUUCUCUACGCAUCACGGCGAUCCUUUUGUGGGCGCUUUUGCAGAGCGGAUGCUUUCUCAUGUGACACGACCUUUCUACGACAUGCUACGACAAUGGAUAUAUGACGGAGAGCUUUCUGAUCCUUAUCACGAGUUCUUUGUUACCGAGCAGGAUGCUCAUGAACAGGGGGAGGACCCUCGAAGAGCUCCUGCGACUAGUGUGUGGGAAGAGAAAUACAAGUUGGAUGAGACGAUGAUACCCAGUAUUGUCACCGAGGAUUUUGCGAAGAAGGUCUUCCUCAUAGGAAAGAGCUUGAACUUCAUCCGCUACGGCUGCGGCGACUCUGCUUGGGUAGAAGCAUACUGCAAAGAAGCCUCAAAAGAGCUGCGGUACGGCGAUACCGCUACAUUGGAAACAUCGAUCGAUAAAGCAUACAAGGCCACCAUGGCCCGGCUGAUAUACCUCAUGGACAACAAAUUCCGACUUUUUGAACAUCUGAACGCCUUGAAACGAUACCUCCUCCUCGGCCAAGGCGAUUUCAUCGCUCUCCUCAUGGAGUCCCUCUCAACAAACCUCGACAGCCCAGCCGGCUCUCAAUACCGCCACACCCUCACAGCUCAACUAGAACACGCGAUCCGGGGCUCCAACGCCCAAUUCGACUCCCCGGACAUCCUCCGCCGCCUCGACGCCCGCCUUACAGAAAUGGAAAAGGGAGACACAGGCUGGGAUGUCUUUACUCUCGAAUACAAAGUCGACGCCCCAGUAGACGUCAUCAUAACUCCCUGGGCGAACCGGCAGUAUCUCAAAAUCUUCAAUCUCCUUUGGCGCGUCAAACGAGUGGAAUUCGCACUUGGCAGCACUUGGCGACGCUGCAUGACGGGCGCUCGUGGCGUCCUGGCAGUCGUCGAUGCGAAGAUGAGCAGAGAUUGGAAAACAGCAAGAUGUUGUAUAGCAGAGAUGAUCCAUUUCGUUAAUCAGCUGCAGUACUACAUCCUCUUUGAAGUCAUCGAAGCAUCUUGGGACCAAUUGCACGCAGCAAUCCACAAACAAGAUUGCACACUCGACGAUCUAAUAGAAGCACAUACUAAAUACUUGAAAGCCAUCACGCACAAAGGUCUCCUUGGCUCCGUCCGUCACAACAGCGUCACCGGCCACCGCGAAGACCUCUUCACGGCCCAAUUACACGAACUACUGAAAAUCAUGCUGGCGUAUAAAGACGCAGUAGAUGGCCUCUACUCCUUCUCCGUCGCCGAAUUCACCCGCCGGCAGGAACUGGCCGCGAAGAUCGAGACGCGGACCGCGCAGGGCAAAUGGGGCCUGACCGAAAAAGACGACGAGGAGCUCGCCUCCCCCAUCACAGCCAACAGAGCAGCACAGCAAGCGGACCGUGCCGACUGCCCCUUCCCCGUCGCCGCCCUCGGCCUCACCGCAAGCGGCGGAGACGACGCCAUGCUGCCUGCCAUUCGCAAGCGCUUGCAGGAUCUGAGUGCGGAUUUCAAGACGAGGGUCAACAAUUUGCUGGGGGAUCUGCUGGUGCAGCCGGACGUGGACAUGAAGUUCUUGGCCGUGGUGAUGAAUUUCAACGACGUCUACGCGCCGCGGAAGAGGAGGAGGGAGGGGCACAGGGGGGAGAAGAAGACGCCGGGGCAGGCGGAGGCGGGGAGGCGGGAGAAUGCGGAGGAGAAGGGCAAGGGCAAAGAGGGUGGAGGAUCUUUCGCUGCGGCGGCGAAGGGGGCGGAGAAGGGGACGAGGGUGCCUGCGAAGUAG